AUGGCUCCUAUUUCUCUCCUCAGCGCCUUCCCCAGCUGUCAGCUAGGAACGUCUCGUUCGCUCCGACCGACUACCGCCACGUCCGAUUUCUCGCUAUCCUUCACCGGCUCUCCAGCUCCUUCAUUCAUACCGACAGAUGACGGCGCAGCGUCGUCUUCCGCUACCAGUGCCGCUUGGAUCCCUGAAGUCAUUGACCAAAUCUUGACCAGCAGGGGCGACAUUGUCGAGGUCAAGCAUACACCUACUGUUACCGAUGCGGUUGGCCCAGUACCGACCGUCUCGCAGAUCAUCCAAGCUAGUCAAAUGUUUAUACGAGAAGAUGGCACGAAGCUCAGGCAGGAGGAAGUGAAGAGACUUGUGAAAGAGCAUACGGAUAGCGGACACAAGAUUCACGUUCACCAUGCUGCCAUUCCAGGCGCGAAAUACGUCGAGUACUUAAUGAUAUUCGUGGUCGGGUCUGCUGUCGGAGCAGUGAUUCUCGCGUGCAUCGAUGAAUGUAGGUCGAGCGCUCGAGACAAGAAGGACAAGAAGGAAGAUUAG